AACUAUGGGUCUUACUAGAGUCCUCGUCAGUCCAUUAUUCGAACAACUCCCUUCUAUCCUCUCCAGUCGCAUCCCUCUUCCGCCCCUCCUACUCUUUCUUUCCUACCCUAUUGAAUUGUUCUUCUUGCCUUACUUUUAUAUACCCCUGAGCUCGCAAUUCAGCUGGCUCUUGUUUCGGUCGGGUAGAUUAUUUGUUUUCUUCCUUCCCCGCUACCCCUGAUUCUACCUCCCCCUCAGUCACCUUAUCGUCAUGGCGUCCGCAUCUGGGGUCGGGUCGUAUUCGAACCCCCUGAAGAAGUUCAAGCUGGUGUUUUUGGGAGAGCAGAGCGUUGGGAAAACCUCCCUGAUCACACGGUUCAUGUACGACUCGUUUGACAACACCUACCAAGCGACCAUCGGUAUCGACUUUUUGUCCAAGACCAUGUACCUUGAAGACCGCACCGUCCGACUUCAACUCUGGGACACUGCUGGCCAGGAGCGUUUCCGAUCCCUCAUUCCUUCCUACAUCCGAGACUCGAGUGUCGCCGUGGUCGUCUAUGAUAUCUCGAACGCCAAGUCCUUCCAGAACACCCGAAAGUGGAUCGAUGACGUGCGAGGGGAGCGUGGGAACGACGUGAUCAUUGUCCUGGUCGGCAACAAGACCGAUCUGAACGACAAGCGGGAGGUCACGACCGCCCAGGGUGAGGAGGAGGCCAAGAAGAACGGGUUGAUGUUCAUCGAGACCAGCGCCAAGGUGGGCCACAAUGUGAAGCAACUGUUCCGGCGGAUCGCCCAAGCGCUGCCCGGAAUGGAGGGUGAAGGAAACCGAGGAGAAACCCAGGUGUUCGAUGUCAACGUCACGCCGAAAGAGACUACGAGCAAUGAUGGAUGUGCGUGCUGAACGCUAUAAUCGAUGUCUAAUUUCUAUUUCUCCAUACCCGGUCCUCGCGCGCACCCGCGGUUCGCCCUGUUGACCGGGAAGCCCAAUGAUGAUGGUUGAUUGGGAUUGUCUAUAAUGCGCUGUCGUUCUUAAGAUGUACAUUUUUCUUUUUUCUUUUCUUUUCUUUUCUUAUUGAUUUCCUCUUUCUCGUUAUCUUGGUCGGGCGAAUAGCGUGUCUAGAUGAAAGUCUCAUGAAAGCCUUUGUUUUUCUGUUCUUCCUUUUCCUACGGUGGUCUCUCUUCUUUUGCUUGGCUUGGGCGCAUGUGGGCCACUGGCUGCAGUCUGGCUUGUAAGAAAGAUGUUUGAUUAUGUUCAUGAUGAUCCAUAGGUCUUUUUGAGGGUACGUCUGGUCAUAUGUUGCAUGUUUGCGUCAUUAUGAGUGUAUACCCACGAGUCUAUC